UAGCUUCCAUAAACGAUUGGGAACCCUAGCUAGUUUUUGUAAAGCUGGUGAAGGGAUUUGUUGCUCAUCCUCGUUAUAUUUUUCAUCGCAAGUCUCUUCAGCAAGCUCCCUAAACCCUAAAACUGGGGCCUUGAUUGACCGACAAGUCUUUUGUGUUUGAAAUUAAUGGGGGAGAACAAAUUCAAGAAGAUAACUGCUGUGGUUCCAAAUGAAACCGAUUUUGUCAGAGCCAUCGGUUUAGAGUUUCGGAGACCAGAGUGCUUCCGUCGUUUCCGUGAUGAUGAUCAUAUCUUUGAUAUCCAAAACCACUAUGCGCUCAAGAUCAGCUCUGCGGAGGCAAGGUUUUCAGAGAUGCUCAAUGAGGUUUUAGUCCAGUUUCCUCGCCCCCAUACUCUUAAUCGGUCGCACACCCUCCUUCUCCAUGAGCGCUAUAACCUUGCACGCUACGCUUUAGCUUUAUCUGAUGUCUCCGAUGCUGAGGACAUGGUCAAAUCAGUCUCCGAUGACUUUGUACGCCAGCUUCUUUUCACUCGCACGGAUGAUUUUGACUCGCGGGACAAGUGCAAGUCCCUGAGAGUGUCUGCUCUUGCGCGUAUGUUUACUUUUGCCAAGAGAUGCGUUCCUGUUUUGGCUUUUCUCCAAAGGGUCAGGGAGUACAUGGCGAAUCUGGACGAUGAUGCUGGUCCUACUACUCUGAUGAACCAGUAUCGGGACGACUUGGCCGCGGGCGCAUUCCCUAAACCUGUUACUGAAGACGAAAUUGCCGACUUUGUUGAACCAGAGACUCUGCUUUGGCUUGAGGAACUGGAUCGUCAAUAUGACCUCAGCCUCGAAGGUGAUGUUGGUCAAGGAGUGGAUUGUGAAAAUCUCGGACGCAUGGAAGCCUUGGUUAUCUAAAAUGGCUUUUUUGAUUAUCGCUGAUAUAUGAACUUGUUGAAGAAUGAAUGUUCUAUCAGCUUUUUUUAUUUUAUUUUAUUUUACUAAUAAUGUAUGCUUCUUUGUUAUCCGGUUCCGGACCAUCUUAUG